GCCUCGGGUCCCACUUGUGGGGCGCACGGGCGGCCGUCAGCCCCACGCCCUCGAAGCCGUCGCGUCCGCGCCUUUCCGCCCUCAUCCACGUUCGGCUUACGAGGCGCCUCCUCCCGGUUCUGAGCGCUGGGGGCCGCGCCGGUUCUGCGCUGGCCCCGUGGGACCUCCGGCGGCCUCCUACCCGGGGCUGGCGUCCCACGGUUCCCGGGCCCGGGGCUCCGUGUGCGCCGUCCAGCGUGGCGGCAGCAGCCACGCGUGGCUCAGCUCUGUGGGAAGGCAGUGGCCCUGGUGUCUGUAAGAAGAUGUCCUACGGAUCCAUUGCUGGCAGUGGUGGCCCGGGGAGCCAUGGCCCUUUUGGGGGACCCUCCAGACAAGGCUAUCAGCCCCUAGAAUGCGCUAAAUGUUGGACCGAGUACGGAAUCCGCCAUUUCCCCUGCCCGUCGCCAGAGAGCAGCCCGCAGGACCCCUGUGUGGGCCAGGACGGGGAAGGUGAUCUGGGGUCGGCGGGCACGCCCAGAGGCCCAAGGCCCAGAAAGCGAGGGCCAGGGGUCACUCCUGAAGGCAGUGGGACGCCCGGCUCGCCGCCCGCUGCUGGCCCGAGGAAGGACCGCACCCGUGGGGCCCGUGGCCGGCUGGCGGGGCCCAGUGCCACGCGGGCCAAGAAAAGGAAGCCCAACUUCUGCCCACAGGAGACGGAGGUCCUGGUGUCCAAGGUCAGCAAGCACCACCAGCUGCUGUUCGGCACAGGGCUGCUGAAGGCCGAGCCGGCCCGCAGGUACUGCGUGUGGAGCCGCAUCCUGCAGGCCGUGAACGCCCUGGGCUACUGCCGCCGCGACAUUGUGGACCUCAAGCACAAGUGGCGGGACCUGCGUGCCGUCGUGCGGCGCAAACUGGGCGACCUGCAGCGUGUGGCCCAUGGCCCCGGCGGGCCCCAGGCCCUGGCCCUCACGCCCGUGGAGCAGGCGGUGGCCAAGACCUUCUCCUGCCAGGCCCUGUCCCCCAAGGGCUUCGGCCCGGAGCCGCUCCGAGCCACCCAGGUGGACCCAAGUGACCUCCAGGAGCUGUUCCAGCAGACGUCGGCCAGCGUCUUCCGAAUCAACUGCAAUGUGACCUCCUUGGAGCAGAGCCUCCAGUCCCUGGGGACACCGAAUGACACGCAGGAGCUGAGGGAGAGCCUGCACACGGCGCAGCAGGAGACCAACAAGACCAUCGCAGCCAGUACCAGUGCCCUGAGGCAGAUGUCGGCGCUCCUGCGGGGCUGCUCCCGGCAGGAGUGUGUUCAGCUGGACCGCCUGAAAACUCAGCUCUCCGAUGCCAUUCAGCGCUACGGCGUGGUGCAGAAGAAAAUUGCAGAGAAGUCCAGAGCCCUGCUUCCCACAGCACAGCGGGGUGGCAAACAUCAGCAGAGUCCCCGGGCCCCUUUUGCUGAGCUGCCUGAUGAUGAAAAGAUCUUUAAUGGGGGUGACAGCAUGUGGCAGGGCCAGGAGCAGGCCCUGCUUCCGGAGAUCACGGAGGAAGACCUGGAGGCCAUCCGGCUGCGUGAGGAGGCCAUCCUGCAGAUUGAGAGUGACUUGUUGGACGUCAAUCAGAUCAUCAAGGACUUGGCCUCCAUGGUGUCAGAGCAAGGAGAUGCCAUCGGGUCCGGCAGCAGCAACACGUGCCGGCAGAGCUCCAGCCCAGAGCCAGCCGUGGCGGCCCUGCUGCCCGGGCUGGGCUGUGCGCCCCUGCGGCAGGGCCUCCACUCCCGCACCAAGACGCGCAAGCCCAACUUCAGCCCCCAGGAGACGGAGGUGCUGGUGCAGAGGGUGACACGCCACCACCCGCUGCUGUUCGGAGCGCUACGGGGCACGCCCUCCCGGAAACACCGCGUGUGGAACAAGAUCCUGCAGGCGGUGAACGCGCUGGGCUACUGCCGGAGGGACCUGGGCGACCUCAAGCACAAGUGGAGGGAUCUGCGAGGGGCGGUGCGCAAGAAACUGGCGGAGCGCCCGCGGGCCCCUGGCCUCAUCCUUACCCCUGUGGAGCGCAUGGUGGCGGAGACCUUCUCAGCCCCAGCCCCCCUAGGCGAGGGCCAGGCUGCCGAGCCCCUGCCAACGGACGAGGAGGAUGAGGCCCCCAGCUGCCUGUGGCUACCCCUGCGGACCCUGGAAGGGCCGAGCCUGCCUGAACCUGACCCCUUGGACCUACGAGGAACUAUCCCUGCGCCUACCUCCUCGCCCUCCCCACCGGCCUCCCCAGCCUCCCCAGCCUCGGUGCCCCCUGCGGCUGCGUUCCCAGGAGCCCUUGGACCCUCCCCACCCUCCACUGCACCACCCCCACCCCCUGGGAGGCCUGCGGGGGAGGCCUCCGAGUUUGAGCAGCGGUUGCUGGACUCCCAUCGGCGACAGGGUGCCCUGCUGUCCCACUGGUCCCAGCAGCAGAGCGCACUGAUGGCCCAGCAGAACCUGCUGCUGCAGAGGCUGGUGGAGCAGAGCCAGCGGCUGGCCGACGGCGUGGAGGCCCUCAACCGGACCCUCAAGAAGCUGGUGGAGGCCUGCCCAGUGCGGGGAGCCUCGCCCCCUGUUGUGGAUGGCACCCCUGCUGGCGGAGCGGCCUGUGGGCCCACCAGAGGCUCCCAGAGCAGCCCCCAGGGCCCCCACCCAGGCCUGGAGGUCUUCUCAGGGAUGAUCCUGAAGGUGGAGGAGGAGGUCUAGGGUCUGGCCCCCAGAGGGCUGCACACAGCAGGGACUCCAGCCCUUCUGGGAGGUGGGCUGGGCGACAGCCGGGCAGAGUUGGGGCCUCGACGGAGCCAUCGAGGACAAAGGACACCCUCAUAGGCAUUGUCUGUGGGGCUCAGUGACAUGCAGGGAAAGGCUCUGGGGCCGGUCUGUGGGUCCUGGGCAGAAGUCUACUCAGGGACGUUGUGGCUGGAGGAGGCGGACAGGCACUGGCUGAGUCCAGCCUCCGCUCCCCAUCCCGUGCUCUCACCGGCUGCGCUGAGUGCCUUGGAGGCCAGCACCGGCACCUCCCUGCAGCCGCACAACUGGGGUGCCCUCCGGAAGCCACCUCCUCCUGCUCCUCCUGAAUGUGUGGGCUCUGCGGGCUGGCUCCGGCACUUUGCUCGAUUCUGCCAAGGGCACCACGUCUCGUCAUUUCUCCCGGUUUAGAUCUGUGGUGUGAUAGAUACGUGGACGCGUAUGUGUGACUUGGUACUGUAUGGGGGGAUGCCAUUUUGUACCUCCUGAUUAUCUUGCAAAAAAAUUAUUUUUCUUAUAUAAGCAUAAAAUAAUGAAAAAGGCAGAAACCGUAACGAUGAUGCUUGCCAACAAACGAGACAGAGUCCAGUCCUGUUCUCGCAGAUGGGCUGUGCCUCUGUGCUCAGCCCCGGCAGGGAGCCCCGGGCACUUGCUGGGUUUUCAGAUCUGCUCCCUCUGCGACCUCCUGGGUCCCUUGUCGCGUCCCUCAGGGAGCUGGUGUUCCCCACCGGCCGUCACACAGCGGCAGCCACACAACUCGGGAGGCUGUUCGGAGAGGCCAGCCUCUCCUUGGAGGCCAGCGGGAGAGGACAGGGCUCACCAAACCCCAGGGCCUCGCUGGUCCUGGGCCUCGUGCCCUCUGCCCGUCUCCUCUUGACCUCCUUCUGACCGCUGUGGAUAAAAGCCUUCUCCAGAAGCAGGAGCCCGAAGUAUUGGCGUGGGCAGGACACUGUGCUGGUUCCCGGGCUCCAGGGAAGCCCAGUACUGAAGAGAGCCAAGACCAGUGUCUCAGGCACAUGGGGUGGGACCCUUCUCUGGUUUUCCAGGUUCACCAUGGACCAGCAGCGUGUCAGUAACUUUGUCUAUGGAAGAGAGCCUAAACUCUUCAGCCAUUCACCCAGCUGCUCCCUGUGACCUGGCCCUGCCAGCCUUCCAAUCUCCUCUCCCUCUGUGGGGACAAACAGUGCCAUUUGCUCUCCAUGGCAGCCUUACUCACAUGGUCCUGCCCUGGAAAGCCUUCCUUCUACUCUUAGAACCUCAGUUCCAUCUCCAUGCCAACUCUAAGCCUCAUUAUUCUUCAUUCUGGGUGGAAGGGCUGGACUGUUCUUGUCCACUCAAAGAUGCCCACUAGGUUGGCAUUCACCUCCCUACUGGCUACGAACACUGCUUCCUCGCAAUACAGGCUGAUGCCUUCUCCAGUCUCAGACUGAGCCCUGAGCCAGUUACUCGCUGAGCCCUGAGCCCAGUCACAUGCUGAGCCCUGACCUUGGUUACACGUUGAGCCCCGAUCCCUAGUCACACUCUGAGCCCUGACCCUGGCCACACACUGAGCUCUGAUCCUGGUCAGACUCCGGACCCUGACCCUGGUCCCACACUGAGCCCUGAUCCUGGUCCCACACUGAGCCAUGACCCUGGUCAUACUCUGAGCACUGACCCUAGUCACACUUGACCCCUGACCCUGGUCACACUGAACCCUGACCCUGGUCACACUCUGAGCCUGAUCCUGGUCAGACUCCAGACCCUGACCCUGGUCACACACUGAGCCCUGACCCAGGUCACACUCUGGGCUCUGAUUCUGAUCACACACUGAGCCUGAGCCUGAUCACACACUGGGCCCUGAUAUCACUCACACUCUGAGCGCUGAUCCCAGUCACACUCUGAGCCUUCGUUCUAGUUAUACUCUGGGCCCUGAUCCUGGUUACCCUGAGCCCUGACCCCAGUUAUUUCCAUAAUACCUAUCAUGUGCCUCCUGUGGCCCUGGCCCCAUACUAAGUGCUGAAGAUGCAUAAGUGACCAAGGCAGACCAGAAGCCUUUCCUCCCAGAGCUCAUGGUCAGCUGUAGAAAACAAUACUAAGCAAGUAAAUACAUAUUGGGUAAAUGUUUUCUGUGUAUAAAUUAAAACUAGAUUUGGUUAUAUCUUACAGAAAACCCAGAUGGCAUGUUUGGGGAA